CCAGCUGCCCCCAAGCUAUGAGGAGGCAUUAGCUAACAGUAUGGCUACAGUAAACGUGUCUGGAACACGACGUGAGCCGCAGCCUCCACCCGCGCCCACCCCAACACACACCAUCACCACCCCCAGUAUUACGUCACCAGAUUACUCCUCGGUCGCCAUGCUGUCGGUGGCAACUCUCUCUUCUCGCACAUCCCGCGUCCUCGAGGAGCAGGCAGCUGUCCUCGAGGCUCAGCGAGAAGCCCAGCUCGAGGCCCAGCGCCAGGCUCAACGCGAGGCCGAGCGGGAGGCCCAGCUCGAGAGGGACUUGGAGCGACAACGGCUGAGGGAGCUGCAGCUCGCCCAGUACUGUGGCUGUGCUAAGUGUCAGGGUCUUUACUACAGUUACUACUACGACGACGCCAUGAACGACGGCGGCGCCUUCCCCAUGGAGACGCAGGUGCUGAUGCAGGAGGUCCUCACAGACGGCCUGGCCUUCUGCUCCCUCAUGUAGCACCCCAGGCAAGGUCACGCCCCGAGAAAACGUGUCAGUCCGCCAAGGAAUCUUCGCUGUUCAGGAUGCCCUGCGGCUCAGAACUUGCGUUGCAGGAGGAGUGUGUCCCAAGGGCCUUUCCGAAGGCACGCGCCCAAGCUGAGCCUUCCAGGGCCCCGAACCCUGUCGAGCCGGCAGGCAGCUUGGCGCCUUCCCGCUGGAGAAGGACUGUGAGUAUCCAUUCCCAUUGGAGAGAGACGGUGACGCCCCUUCCUCACAGAGAAGGACUGUGGCUGUUCCUUCUCGCCGGAGGAGGGCCUGGCGUGCCCUCCUGCUGGAGAGGGACCGUGAGCAGAACUACGUGUUGUAGAAUGGAUGGAAACCUAUUCUCGCUGAAGAAGUACUGUGAAAUUUUCUGUUACGAUUGAAGAACACUGAUUUGCAUUUGGUAACUUUAUGAGCUGUGCUAAUCUGUAACUGAUAGCUUGUCAGAUACCAAGCUUUGUCGUAGCUUACCCCCGAGAUAAAUGCAGAGACCGGUCGACUAUAGUUGGGGAGGAGCGUGUAUUUGGAAAUCGGUUUUCAGUGAUGGCGUUGCUGCGCCCGGACCAUAAUCAGUGGCGUCAAGUUGGCUCUGUGACAUCGUUAACGAAGUUUGUACAGUGACGUGGAUAUCAAGCACGAAUUCCAAAUCACAAGAGAACCAAUUUCGAGACUGGAAAGCACGGAAGACCGGAGAUGCAGGGACUCGAUACCUAGCCGAGGGAAAAGUGUCAGCUUCAGGCAGUAGAAAGGCGAGGUACCCUGCCUCUUUUGCUGACAAGGAUGUCAGGCUUCUUAUUUCUAAGGGGCCGUAUUACUCAUGAUAGUUACUUGGCAUAUGAGCCCAGAAUCAUGUAUGUUGCAAUGCAUUUACCCAGAUAACAAAGUUAUUGGUUGUUGGAAUCACUGCCCAAACUUUACAACACACAAGUGUCUCGGCAAUAGAAACUGUAGUUAUUUACCAGCCUACUGUAGCUGCCAGAUGCAUCUCACUUGUAGUUACUUGUUCCUGUGCGAGAAGGCUUUUCUAAAAUGUAUCUGAGAUUAUUUCUAGGCAUGCAAAAUUCACUGUAAAAAUCAUGAUCCCUGGAUCCUCUGGAA